GACCGAGCCCCGGGGAUGGCUGGCAGGGAGGCUGGAGCCCGCCACAUACAACAUAAACAUGGCCGACCUCACCUCUCAACAGUGGUGACCAGUAUUGCCUCCAGUUUGGGCUUCACCGUUAUAAUUGGAUUUAACUACAAACAAAAUUAAAAGGUUUGGUAAUAAAUGGAUUUAAAAUCUAGUGAAAUUCUCCAUAAUGGAGUUGAUAAAAACACUACUGGAAAGGAGGAAGGUGGUGGGCAGUACAUGACUCCUCAGCACUCUAGACGGCCCUUGCAGCAGAUCAAACUUCCUCUCUCGUCUUCACCCAUGUCACAGUCCUCGCUCACACCCUACAGAUACCACAAAUGCCGAGUUAUCCAAGAAGAGACAUGGAAUCAGGAGAAUUUGGAUCCUAGGUGGAUACAUCGGCGGAGUAAAAAGUCACACUCUGGAAACAAGUCUCAAGGUACUUCUUCAGAUGAGACUGAUGAAUCUUCACCUUUUGCCUACCCUCUCAUAUGGGAGUCUUACCAAGGAACAUCGUCAUCUUUGUCACACAGUCCAUCCAGUCUCAAAAACACCCCUCCUUUAGACCGUGUGUGCUGCUGUGACAACCAAAUGUGUUAUCUUAAUGACACUGGAAGACUAUUAUGUAUUAAGAACAUGGGUCAGGAUUACUGUAAUGGUAAGGGAACACAAAAUACCAGAAGUCAUUUUUAUGAUGAUCAUGUUUUUGAGAAAAGUUUAGAUAAAGAAGGAAAUAAAGUUAAAAAAGUGAGGAAUUGCAGUGGCCCUAGUGGAGAGAGCUCCAGCAACAAAAGUCAGGGCCAAAAGUGUCUGACUGUCACUCCAUCCAAGUCUCCAAUAAAUCCUUCUCCAUCUGCUUAUCCGGUAUUUCGAACACCAUCAGAGAGAUUUUCUUGCACCAAGUCCAGUGAAAGCCGAGGACCGCAGACACCGCAGCAUCGACAUGUUUUUCACCAGCGCUGCAUCAACCCAUUUGAAGUUGGAGCAGAGUGUCUGCAGAUGCCAGCUGUGAGCCCGUCUCUCUUUCGCCAUGUUGUAUCACCAAGUCAAAAGGCAGAUGGUAAAUUUCGUUGGUCUAUUGACCAGCUAGCUUUGUUACACCCGGCAAAUAUUGAAACGUCUCCCUUCAACCAGGCAGAGAUGGUGAUAGACCCAGAUUAUGAACGUAAAGCGCAAGAUGCCAUUGACAAGUUCUUCACUCAUGAGUCGGUAGUGCCGAGUCCCUGGACAGGGAGUGGGAAGUCUGUGAAUCUCCUGCGGAUGGUGUGCACACCAGUUCAGCAGACUAAUUAUUCUGCUCCUCACACAAACACAGUUUGGUGUCAAACUGAACUGACACUGCCACCCAUCUUGCCAAAAGCUGUGGAGGAAGCACUCAAGCCCUUCUGUACCUUCACGCAGGACCAGUGGUGGCAGGGCAGCACAGAAAAUGAUGAAGGCACUAAUGUCAACAACACAACACUUCGACGCAAGCUGCUGUUCAGUCAUGAUGAGCUUCUCAAUGUAACACCGAUGUGCAGUCCACGUGGUGCAGAUGCUUCUGAAAGCAGGAGCCCGCCUUCAUCUCCUGUGGAGCCAUUGCCCUUGCAAAAAGAUGAUGAAAGCACAGUGGAAGUGAAAGAGGAGGAUGAAGAUCAACUGCAGUGGUGUUCUAAUAUAGUUACAUCUGAAUUAAUAGGACGAUCAGGGAAGGAUCCUCAGUUGGCCAGACAUCCUCCACCAUCACCCCCAUCACCAUCAAUGUGUUUACCCUCUCCCACUGUCAUUCAGAAGACUGACUGUUUGACAGUUAUGUUACAUAGUGAUCAUGAUGACAGUGCUUUACCCCUCUUAUCACCAAAUCUCUCCCCUAUAGAAAACCAGGAGAAUUCCAUGGUCACUAAGCAACCAAGAUUUCUUGUGUCACCAGAUGUCUCACCAAUUACUAUUUUGCCUCGAGGGUCUGAUUCAAACCCUGCGAGUGUGUGUUCAUCAAACUCGCCAUUUCUUGACGAAAUUCUCCAUGGUCAUCCUCAGCCUAAGACUCAAAGCUCGCCCAACGUGUCACCUGCACAUUCAUCAGUGGAGUUACAGAGCUCGGCAAGUUCACCUGAAAAGUAUUCCUCUCACACUAUCUCAUUGAUUAAUAAAUCUUUCCAGACUACAGGUCCUUUAACUUCAAAUCUUCCUCUAACUGAAAAUUAUAAAAGACUGCACCAGGAACUACAAAUUUCUCCAAAGACCUGUCACAGCACUUGUCUACAUUUAUGUAAUCAUAAUACCUAUUCAGUCGGCAAACUAAUUACAAAGAACGUUAUUUUAAAACCUGAGACAAGUAAAGACGACACUGGCAUGCUGGAUGUAACUGGAAAAGGUUGGCACUCAGAGUCUGAGGCAAUUGCUUGUAGAGGUCGUAAUGCUUCAACAGAAUCUCUCACUACACCACCAAUAUGCAGAAAACAUUUAAAGCUGGUCACAGUGGGACGAAAUUGUAGCUGUGCCAUUCAGGACAGGGCAAAAGAGAUGCCUGAUAAGAACUGUGAUAUUAAAAAUUGCUCAAAUGAAAGACUUCGGAAAAUAGAAAAUGUUUUCGAUUUUACUCGAGAAUUUAUCGUAGCCGAAUGUGAUAACCCAAAGCGUCAUGGAACCCCAGAGAAAACAUCUUCAAAGACAGAACCCAAGACAUCUAGUAACUCAGGUCACUUCUCAUCUAGUCCCAUACGCGAUGCUUUGCAAAGUCCCUUGGAGGUGGAUACCCCUAAUAAAAGAUUCUCUGCUUCUCCACCACUUUCUCCCAUCCUCUGUCGGUCCAUUAUGUUCCAAAGUCGGAACAAUUGUAAGAAUUCUCCUAGAAAGCGGCUGCAGGACAAUUACAUGAAAACAGAUGACUUCAGUCUUUUACAAUCAACAUUUUUAUGUGAUGGCACAGAAGAGGCAAAUUGUACUGAUGAAAUUAUGAUGGAAGAUGGCCCAAUUGAAGGUGUAUUGGCUACAAAAUCCUUGAAUCCCAUCGUGCUGACUCAUCUUUCAACCCGUGCUCCUCUCCAACGCUCGUCCUCCAUCUCUGAUAUGGAGACAGAUUUACACCCAUCUCUUGAGAUUAAUGGAAAUGAUGAGGGUCCAUCACAAGACACAGGAUACCAAACAGGUAGCCUGCAUGCCACCAACUUCAGUAUUACAGCAUAUAACCAAGACAACUUUACAUCCAGUUCAGUGCCUCAACAGCACACUGAGCAACCUAGUCGAUUUGUAAAUAGUUCUUGCAUCCAGAGCAAUAGUAGCAUUACGAAGGUGCUUAGAAAUGGUUGCACUAUUUCCUCAGGAAAGGAAACAUCAGAGUGAAACAUUUUUGUUUCUUUGUUUUUUUUGUUUUGUUUUUUAUACUUCAUGGUGUAUAGCAUCCAUGCUAUAUAGUGUGUGCAACAAAGAAUUGUAUAGAACAAGAAGUGUUGAAGUAACAAGAAGUGUUGAAGUGCAGUCCUCAUAUGCUUUACUUAAUUUCAGUGCCAUAAGUCACAAUAAGAUGUGUGUUGUUUGUGAAUGAGAAAAUGAUAACAAGCAAGGAAAUAAGUUACUGUGUAUAUAGGUGAUUUUACACUACAUCAGUUAUGGAAUGCCUUACAAAUAUUCUGGUGUUAAAUCAACAAAAUGAUAAUGUAAAAGUAAGAUUUAAUUUUGAUAGCAUUAGAGAAGCGAUGACAGCAUUUAAACUUUUAAGUCAUUUAAAUAUUUCAUUCAUUUCAUUUAAACUCAUUAAGUGCAGUACAAUAAAGUUUGACAGAAGCAUCCGUUAUCUCUCACAAUACUGUACAUUGCUAUGAAUUAUUGCACUAUAGUUCUUGCAACAUGGUCAUCCAUGUGUGUAUGUUGCAGCUUUUAAUGCUUAAAUCAAAUGUUUGCUAUCUUUAAUUUAAGUUUCCUGAAACUGUUAUAUCAAUAUUCCUUUGAUAGCCAGCAUAUUAAACUAAUGUUCAAUAUUUGUACUAUUAUCAAUGGACAUUCCUUUCCUCUGAACAAAACAAUAUUUUGAAUAUGUUAAACUUUAACAAAUAGGAUUUGUGAUAUAUUUUUAAGGAAAGUGUUUUUAUAAUUCAAUAUGGUAGGUGUUUGCAGUUAUAAGUUGUGAUUAUAAGAAUUCUCAGAAAUGGCUGAUUGAAGAUGGUCAUUGUAUAUACUGUAUUGUUAUGUAGCAGAACCAAAGACUACAAUUUUAAUAUAAACAGAACUUUUAAUAAAAAUAUUUUUUAUUAUUUUUUUUAUUUGCUUUGUGCAAUUUAGAUACUGUCUACUCUCAAUAAUCCAAAUUAUAUGGGACUCAUCCUCAUUCAUGUUACCAAAAUUUUUCCUAGGAAUGUCAAAAAAAAAGUAAUACUGCAUUCAGUACUGUAUUCGGGUUUGUAAUACUGCAUACAGUACUGUAUUCGGGUUUUAAUCAGCAAAGAUCUUGGUAACCUGAAUUUUGUUUAAAGUUGAGAGGUCAAAAACUUAAACCUGAAUUUAUUUGAAUUUUCAUUUGGCAGAAACCUGAAUUCCUAUUCAGGUUAAAAGGUCAAGAACUUGAAACAUGAAUUCAUUAUGCUUACUUGGAGAGUUGGGUAACUAGAAUCCAAUUUACCGAGCUCUAACAGUAUUGUAUUUCAGUAGCUAAAAUACUGUUAUACAGAAAAGCACAGUAGGUAAAACCUAUAGAUUAUUUAUGGAGACCGUGAAUAAAAUUUGCUUAGUUUAAUUUUUGUUUUUUGAUGCAUGGUAAUUGGGUUGGGGUGCUAAAAGGAAAUUUUGUAAAAUGUCAAGUUCAUUGAUGAUGUACUGGAAAUAUAAAGAUUAUGAAGAUUUACUGGAGCAAAGCAUCCAGAAAAGGUGCGCAGCACUCUUAAGUAAAUGUGGCAAAUACUGAUCAGUAUAGUAUGUAGCCAUUGAUCUUACCAGGCCUUUUAAUAUGAUAUGGGAAUGAUAUUAUGAAUGGGUGACUGGUGGGUUUUUAAUUGUCUUAAUAUUUUAUGUAUUUGACCUCCUUUAUGAUCCCGGUGGUACAGUUUGGUUCAUUCUCGACUCAGUUGGGAUUUCCAGGUUCUAAUCCCAGGCGGGACAGAAAUAGUUGGGCGGGUAUCCUAUCGCUUGAUGCACCUGUUCACCUAGCAGUAAAUAUGUAUGCAGGAUUUAGUCAGCUUGUGGGGUUGCAUCCUGGGGAGGGUCAGUAUUUCGACCUUGUGGGGACCUUGAUAUAAUCCUAACAUGUAUAUAUAAUACACUGGCUGCCUAUUCCCUGACAAAAUAAAUUAUUAUUAUUUAUUUAUUUACUAUUAUUAUAAAGUACCAUUAUUCACUUUAAUUUCCAGACUGAUGCCUACCCCCAUCCCAUGAGAGUGGGAAAUAGGGUAAUAUGACCUUAUUGCCUACUGUGAUGUAGGAUUCUAACAUCCCCCUAAUCAUGUGUUCAUUUUUGUAGUCAUAAUUUUUAAAGAUUUUAACAAUAUUUUGUUCUUGACUCCAGUCAUAUUAUUAGUUAAAUAUUUUAAGUGUGGCAAGAUUUUUUUUUUUUAACAAUGAAUGUUAAUUUAUUUUUGUUUGCAUGAUUAUAACAACUGCAAUUUCAUUUUCUGAACUAGACUGAAUCUUUGAAGUGGUCAGCAAAUGUUGUUAUCCAGUUGUAACGUUGUUGUUUGGUUACUCUCAUGUUUGGUUCCAAGGCUGGCUAAACUGUGCCAGAUGGGACGAUUACACAUCCCAGAAGAAAGUGGCAUAACAAUAUGUAGAUAUUUUAAAUAUUUUUCUUAGAAUUUUGAACAUUGUCUAAUUUAUUUGCUAAAGAAAUGAUGCAUAUUUUAGUAUUUGUUUUUAAAUUUAGUUAUUUGAAAUCCAAAAUAUGAUUAGAUAAGUAAAGGAGUGAAUAAGGAUAAGGAUUGGAGUGAAGAAAUAAACACUAAACCCAUACAUUAAUUAAAGACGUAAAACAGUGAUAAUGUUUCAAUACGCCACAGAUUAUUAUCAAGUCAAAACUGAUCGUUCAAGGCAGAUCGAAAUGGCAGCAUUUUUUUUUACAUUUCUAAUAUGUGUAUUUAUUGUUUACAGUAUUUUGUUUCAGCCUCUUUAGUGACAUUUAAGGUGUUAAAAUAUUAGUCAUAUACAGAAGAUUGGAAAUACUCCUGUUGUCGAGCUAUAAUGAAUGCUCUAGUGUUUGAUGUGUUUGAUCAGGAUAGUUUGACCAUUCCACUUUCUGUAUAUCAUUCAAGUAUGAAAAUGCAAGUGUAUUAUUAUUAUUAUUGUUAAUAAAUGUAUUUAUAAGGCAGUACUGUUAAAAAUAGAGCAUAUAUUAUUUUCUUAAUAGUGUUCUAAAUUGUUAAGUGAUGUGUAUGAGACUUCUUAAUAUGAUUUUUAAAAUAUUUAA